UCCACCCAGGUCCCGCGUAGGUCAAAGGCCUUCGCCAGUUGCACUCUGUGGGCUGGGAGGUACCAGGCCGCCGUCGUUGCUCCGCUCGCCCGUCCGCUGCUCGCAUGGCCCUGAGAGGAGUCUCGGUGCGGCUGCUGAGCCGCGGGCCUGGUCGGCGAGUCCUGCGCAUGUGGGUCUCGACGGCGGCGCAGACUGAGAAAGUCGGGAGGACACAGAGCCGACCGGCCAAGUCCUCGCAUCCCCAGUUUGACUGGCAAGACCCGCUGGUGCUGGAGGAGCAGCUGACAGCAGAUGAGACCCUCAUCAGGGACACCUUCCGCAGCUACUGCCAGGAGCGACUCAUGCCUCGCAUCCUGCUGGCCAAUCGCAACGAAGUUUUUCAUCGGGAGAUCAUCUCGGAGAUGGGGGAGCUGGGCGUGCUGGGCCCCACCAUUAAAGGGUAUGGCUGUGCUGGGGUCUCAUCUGUGGCCUACGGGCUCCUGGCCCGAGAGCUGGAGCGGGUGGACAGUGGCUACAGGUCAACAAUGAGCGUCCAGUCUUCCCUUGUCAUGCAUCCUAUCCACGCCUAUGGCAGUGAGGAGCAACGGCAGAAGUACCUGCCCCGGCUGGCCAAGGGGGAGCUCCUGGGCUGCUUUGGGCUCACAGAGCCCAACUGUGGGAGUGACCCCAGCAGCAUGGAGACCAGAGCCCACCACAACCCAUCCAACAAGAGCUACACCCUCAAUGGGACCAAGACCUGGAUCACCAACUCACCUGUAGCCGACGUGUUUGUAGUGUGGGCUCGGUGUGAAGAUGGCUGCAUCCGGGGCUUCCUGCUGGAGAAGGGGAUGCGGGGUCUCUCGGCCCCCAGGAUCGAGGGCAAGUUCUCCCUGCGGGCCUCGGCCACGGGCAUGAUCAUCAUGGAUGGCGUGGAGGUGCCCGAGGAGAACAUGCUGCCCAAUGCGUCUGGCCUGGGGGGUCCCUUUGGCUGCCUGAACAAUGCCCGGUAUGGCAUCACAUGGGGUGUGCUUGGAGCCGCCGAGUUCUGUUUGCACACGGCCCGGCAGUACGCCCUGGACAGGAUCCAGUUUGGUGUCCCGCUGGCCAGGAACCAGCUGAUUCAGAAGAAGCUGGCCGACAUGCUCACUGAGAUCACGCUGGGCCUCCACGCCUGCCUGCAGCUCGGCCGCUUGAAGGAUCAGGACAAGGCCGCCCCGGAAAUGGUCUCCCUGCUGAAGAGGAAUAACUGUGGGAAAGCCCUGGAUAUAGCCCGCCAGGCCCGGGACAUGCUGGGCGGGAAUGGGAUUUCUGAUGAGUAUCACGUGAUCCGGCACACCAUGAACCUGGAGGCCGUGAACACCUAUGAAGGUACACAUGACAUUCAUGCUCUGAUCCUCGGCAGAGCUAUCACGGGAAUUCAGGCGUUCAAGGCUGGCAAGUGAACCUACUUCACCAGGGGCCCGAUGCUCUGAGGCCCCUUCUCACAGGGACGCCUGGCUGGACCCUGGGGAUGCUGUGCUCUGAGCUUAUAAGGGAGGUGGCGGAUGGAGCCAACUUUUAUGGCGGGAAGUGAGAGACAACAGAUUUUUAAAUAUCGAUUGCCUUCUGAAGUUGUUUCGAUGUGCUCCUUAAAAAGAAGAUGGUUCUAUUCUAAACAAUCUGUUAGUAAUGAUAAAUUCUGUAGGAGGGUCUAUUCUGAGCCGUUAACUUCCUAUAAGGGGAAUAUGGGUGGGUUACCAGAAAUACCAUUGAAGCAGGGUGGGUGGAGGAGGGUUGGGUAUUUGUCUUGAGAAUUAAAAACUACGGAACACUUUUGUACACAACUGAU